AUGACAGGUAGAAGUGGAGAGACUUCAUCCUCUUUUGAUAGUGAACCUGAGAAAACCUUCCUUAGAUUGAGGAGGGAGGCUAGAGGCAAGGGCAUAGUUGGAGAAGAACCAGUAGAAAAAGAUCUAACAACCACCAUGGAAGACGAAGCACACGAAGACGUUGGAGGAGGAGCUGGAAAUCAAGCUGGGCAAGAAAGGAGAGUCUUAGGCUCCUAUAUCAACCCAAAUCUAGGAAACUGUGGCAACAGCAUCCUCAAGCCAACAAUCCAUGCCAACAACUUUGAGUUGAAACCUCAACUCAUCACACUAGUCCAGAAUAACUGUUCAUAUGGAGGAGGUGCUCAAGAAGAUCCAAAUCAACAUCUCAACACAUUCUUGAGAAUAUGCAAUACUGUAAAGUCCAAUAGUGUACACCCUGACACCUACAAACUACUUUUGUUCCCUUUCUCACUCAGAGAUAAGGCAACAAAGUGGUUAGAAUCAUUCUCCAAGGAGAGCCUAACCACAUGGGAAGAUGUUGUGAACAAAUUUAUAGUGAGAUUUUACCCUCCACAGAGGAUCAACAGGCUAAGAGCUGAGGUGCAAACCUUUAGACAGCUAGAUGGUGAAACACUCUAUGAGGCCUGGGAGAGGUUCAAAGAUCUAACAAGAAAAUACCCACCAGAUAUGUUUAAUGAGUGGGUGCAGCUCCACAUUAUCUAUGAAGGAUUAACCUAUGAAUCGAAGAAGGUGGUAGAUCACUCUUCAGGGGGUUUACUCAAUAAGAAAAAGACCAUUGAGGAAGCCAUAGAUAUCAUUGAAACUGUAGCUGAGAAUGACUACUUCUAUGCUUCAGAAAGAGGCCAAAAAAAAGGGGUGCUGGAACUCAAUUCUAUGGAUGCCCUGUUUGCACAAAACAAGGCAAUUGCAGCACAAUUGGCAGCCUUAACCAAGAAAAUGGAAAACAAUCAAGUUGUAGUUGUCCAAGUUCAAGCACCACCCCAAGAAGAACAUGAACCAGAAGUUGAAUGUGAGCAAGCAAACUAUGUGCAUAACCCCUCUCAACCACCAUAUGACCCAGAGGCCGCAAUAGCACAGCUCUCAUCACAGCUCACAGGGGUUAUUUCCACCCUCUUGGAAAGGCAAGCACAAGCUGAAAAGAAGAUAGAUGCCAACCAAGAAGAAUACAUGUCGAAUUUGAAGAACCAAGGUGCAGCAAUCUCAAAGCUGGAAGCACAAGUGGGGUUCUUAUCCAAGCAAAUCCUAAUGCCUACACACACAUUUCCAAGUGACACCAUGGCCAACCCAAGAGGGGAGUGCAAGGCCAUCACACUUAGAAGCGGAAAAGUGAUAGAAGAAGCCACCUAA